AUGAUGAAAAAGUCAGACGAGUCGAGGCGAAUCCUGAGGAAAAAACUGAACAACGACAUAACGAACAUCCUCUUGUUAUUCGAGAAGGUACAAGAAUGGGCAGACCUCAGCAACAUUCUGCAGAAAUUAUAUUUAUCAAUAGAAAAGUAUGACGUGUUUGUGGACGUGCCGUCUAAGUUCCUCCUGUUUAGGAGGCUGUCCCAAUGUCUGAACCCACUACUACCCUCAGGAGUACACUCAAAAGCGUUAAUAAUCUAUUCAGUCAUUUUUAAGAAAGUGGAGACGAGUUUUUUUAUUAAUAGCAUCCACAUCCUCUGCUCUGGCAUCUUUGAAUUUAUGUUACACUGUACAAUAAAUCUGAAGACAAUUUAUUUUAAGAACAUAAAGAGCAUUCUGAACUUACGUGAGAAUGUCUACAUCUUCGCCUACGCUUUGCUGCUGUCUCUUUUUAACGUCGUCGACAGUGACAAUAGUAUUCUUCUCUAUAUCUAUUCCAUUAAUAACUACAUUGGGGAGAAAAUCUUUUUUAAUAACAUAUGGCUACUUCUCCUGAGGCAUACCGAAAUUAGAACGAAUAUUCUGCAUUUUCUAGAAACGUCCUUCAGCCCUCAGAUUUAUCUUCUAUCCAAAGAUAGGAUUAACAUGCUUCUCCCUUUCAAGGAUGACUUGGUUUUAUCGUCCCUUAUUUUUUGCCUAAAGGAUAAGAGUAUCAUUAAUCAGAGAAUCACGCUGAGCUUACUGAUAAAUAACUUUCCUCUGAGCCAGGUCAAUUUGAGUCGCCGCAGGAAGGGGGGAGUCUCUCGGGAUGUAGGUAGGAGUGUCGAUUAUAUUCCACGGGGAGAUCAAAAUGAUGCAGGUAGUUGCGACUAUGGGGUAAGAAGUGUUGACAAUGGAGCCAUCCAGUCGGUGGUCACGAGGUCCGCGUCGUACAACACGCGCGCCCUGCGGGGGAGGAGCGGCAGGUUAGCGGGAGAGGGGGCAGCGGACGAUGGGGCGGAAGAACACGUAGCAGAAGACGGGGUGGCGGCGCCCCUCCGCUUCGCCGAGAAGUACGAGCGAGGAAACUCCAAAAAGAGAUACCACCGCGAUAACGACCCUGAGGAGGUAGGCAGUGGAGAAUACAGGGAUGGAUUGCCCAAGGCCAGCCACGGUAGCAACCCGCUUAUGGGCAAAACGGGUACCGGAGUGAGCCAAGGACUCUGGAGCAGUAGCCACGGGGGGGGUACAAACAACCGUGCUGUUUCGUAUGAUUAUCAAGAGGGAGACUCAUUUAGGCAACCCAGUAAGGAAGAGAAGUGUGAAGACAAUGAGAAGAUGUUGGAUAACACUAGCAUCAUCGGGUUUAAUGACCCCCAUAGUGCUGCCAUGCUAGGGGAGAAGCACGAAGUGGAUGGGUUCUAUGGACCCCCCGAAGAGGCGAGCAAUUUUGGUAACGGGGUACGUGUGGACGGAAGGGAAGAAGAACGGGACGAGACCAGGCAAGCAUUCGCGUCGACCCUCCCCAAGAGCGAAGUGAAGAAGGUCAGAUAUGAUAUCGACCCGGAGAGGCUCAGUGGGGAAGCAGUGGGAGGAGCCAGCAUGGAAGGUAUGGGGGCUACUUCCCAGGUAGGCCUCCCUCAAAUCGAUCUGAAAGAACAACUCGAGUCAACCACCACCCCAUGCAUCCUUUUCAACGACCUAAGUAAAAAAAUCAUCGCACGCAAUGUCAUCUUCUUAUUGAAAAAAGGAGACAUCGGACUGAACAGAAGGAUCUUCAAAUAUCUCUACCUAUUCGAAAAUAACGAUGAGAAAAAUAGAAAGGAAGGAAUCAUAAAUUUAGAAAAUUAUAAAAUCUUCGUCGAAACGGUGAUUGACAUUCUGCAGAAUAAAUUCCAUGACAACUGUCAGAGUGUAUCACAUGUGUUGUACACUCUCCUAAAAAAUAUGGAUUACGUAAAUAUAAACAGACAGAUUAUGAAUAAGAUAUUCCUCUUUCUUCUAAACUUCUGUUACAAGAAUCGGGGUGACAAGAAGAUAAAGCAAUUCUUUCGGAAUGUCCUCAUGUUAAAUUUGAUUACCUUUGACGACAUACUGAAUAUCUUCCUUUGCACUUUUUACUUCCUCCUGAGAAGCUAUGAGACAAUGUUGAGGGAGAACGAUCAUGAGUACACUAAGAGGUUCACAAACCUGAUGAAUGUGAUGACUUAUUUUGUAGAUUUUCUUCGCCGAAUCAAUCGGUAUGUGUACACCUACUUCUUAUUCUCAUUCAGUAUUGCUAUCUUGAGACUGAUGAGUCGCUUAAAUUUGGUCAUCCUUUCGCUCAUUAGACAAUACAGUCACGUGAAAGAGCUCACCCAGAGGUGCUUCGUCGAAACGGAUGAGGAGGUCUCCGGUCGGCACAGCUCUCUCUACUACUUCUUCUUCUUCGUCAUGCACUACAAUAAUUACUACCUCAACCGAUGCUUCGUGCUUCUGACCAAGGAGUGCACCCUCUUCCGCGGGAUUCUGCGGCGAGGGGGAGCCUCGUCUGGCGGCCAGUAUGGCGGCCCGUAUGCCAGCCAGCAUGCCAGCCAAUAUGCCAACGCCAAUAGGGUGCCCCCCCCCGUGGAGGAGAAGAGGAACAAAAUGCAGAAGAUCGGCGAGCCGCGCUCCUACGACGACGAGGAGGGAUACAACUCACCGGAGAGUAAGCUAAAACACGAGCAGUACAGCAACGAGAGGGAACUAAAAAUCAGGAUGGCUGACACGUCCAUGGAUUAUAUGAAGCGGAAGGUUAAGAAGAAAAUGUUUGAGAGCGGCUUGAACGCCGUGUCCACUUCCAACACGGGUAGCAUGUACAAGGUGAUUCAUUUGCAAAGGGUAGAAGCUGAGGGGAACUAUGGCGCGCAAGUCAGUAGUAGCCUAGCCCCUUUCAACGACGGCGCUACCAGCAGCAGAGGUCACCUAGGCAGCAGCUACAGACUGCAGCUCGAAAAUGAUGAGCGGUUUUUCUCGAUACUGCAAAAGUAUAGACGAAAUUUGAGGAGAAAUUUGACCGAUUCGAUAGUAAAGAACAGCGAAUUGUAUUUCUUCACCAAUAACUACGAGUAUGUGAUUUUUUUAUUUUAUAAUUACCACUUGCUAGUGGAGAGGGAACAUGUGAACCGAAGCUGCUACUUCUUUCUUAGACACAUUCUGAGGAACUGCUCCUCGGACAAUGAGGAGAAGUUUUACUUCUGGUGUGUGCUCUUCCUUCACGUGGUGAGAAUAAACUUUAACAGGUCUCUACUUAAGGGUUCGAAGCCGACCGAGGGGGAAGAGCCGUACAGUCCGGUGUGCGCGGGCAAGAUGUACUAUGGGAAGCGGAAGGGGGGCAGGGCCCAGCAGGAGGAGUCUCUCGCCGAGGGAAGCGGCGUGAUGGAGAGUCCCCUGAGCAGUGAGAAGAAGCAGAAGAAUCAGAUCAGCCAGGUGAACCUCACGCAGAAGGACAACCACACAGGGCAGUACAACCACGCAGGGAAGUACAACCAAAUGAGGCUUACGGACGAGCUGAAGGGGAAGAGGAGAGCCCCCCCCCUCCACAGUCACCUUGCAAACACGGAGCAGGAACUUCUCUUCAGUAUAACCUUCAUGGAGGGGCUACUCAUCUACGCCAAUAAAAUUGUCAAGUGCAUUUUCCACUACAUCAAGGUGUUGAGGAAGAACAAAAAAUUCAUAAAAAUCUUUUUCGAUAUGAACUAUCUGUAUUUUUUCUGUGACAACAUGUAUUGUUUGAAGAUACUGAGAGAUUCGCUGAAAUGCAAAGACAACUACGAAUUGACGAUAAACGUGAGAGUCAUUUUGGAAUUCAUUUUGAAUAAUAAGACAAGUGAGUACCACAUCAUCCACUCGAAUUUCUACAACUUAACGCAUGAUGUGUUUAAACUAUACAGUCGGAGGAACACGCUGAUCAAUUACUAUAUGAUUAAGUUUAUAAAGUCUAACAAGAAGAACUUGGCGUACAUUUUGGACAACAUAAUUAUCAGAAUGUUUGAUUUGAUAAACGAGAUUGAGGAGGGACUGUUGUCUUGCUCAGCGGGUGAUGCGGCGGGUGGGAGUUACGAGGAGGUGCCGGUCAGUGGGGCGGUCACUGGAGCAGUGAGCGGACCAAUCAGUGGCAGCGCAAUUUUGAGCGGACCGCAAGUAACCGCGCAGAUAAACUAUGAAAAGUGCCUUCGCAAACUGAAGUGCAAGUUUGACUAUAUUAACUUCUUCUUCACCGACAUCGAGAACUUCCUGUUGUGGCUAUACAAGCACAGAGUGAGUAAACGAAUUUACAACACAAGGAAUAAAAUGUCGCUGCAUAAUUAUGAGAGGAACCUGCCCAUAGUGAUGUGCUACAUUUGCACGGAGGGGAACAUAAGUGCGGCCUAUUUUAGGAACUACCUGGAUGUGUUUUUCCUCCUCUUCUUGAAGAUCAUAUAUAUUAACGAGAAUGUUGGAGAGAUCGGCACCAGCGCGGGGGAGACGGCGAUCAGCCCGAUCAGCGGCGGUGGUGGCCUUGGCGUGGUUAGCGGCACGAAUAACGCCAACAGCGUUAACAAUGGGAAUAAUGUCGAUAAUGCGGAUAAUGCGGAUAACACCGCUGACCUCGCCAAUAUAGCCAACGCCACAAUCCCCUCUAACGCCGCUAAUAAUGGCGCCGCUCCGCAGGAGAAAAACUCGCUGAAGCAGAGCAUGUUGCUGGAGUUCAAGAGAGAUGUUAUCAGCCUCAUCACCCAAAUAUUCUUCUGUGCAUACAGUUACAACAAAAAAAUGGAAUACCUAAAAAUACUUAACAGCUACUAUCGACAAAUCAUCCAUCAUAUGUUAUUUCUUUACUUUUACUUCACCCUGAAGAAGUACUACAUUUUGCAGAUCCAGUUGAUCAAUUUUAUAAAAAAUAUACUCCCCCUGUAUGAGACAAAUACGGACAAAAAUGUCUUCUCCUGUGAUGUGCUCGAGAAAGACAUCACCUUUAGGAAGGUCAUGAAACAUACAAACUACGAGGAGUUCAUUUUGGCUAGCAAGUACCACUACGAAUUAAUCAAUCAGUAUAAUCUGCGCGUAAAAAAUGACGUCUUCAUAUUUAGCAUCCUCCGAAAAAGUAUGACCAUCGUAUUUAACUUCAAUGAGCAUGUAAUCUACAAAGAAGUACUCAAGACUAUCAUCUAUCUGAUCGAAAAUAUCAUCGUGGAGAAAGACGUCAAGUCGUAUUACCUUACUGUCUUCCUUCUGGACCUUCUCUACAUCAUCAAAUCGGAGGCGCAAAAGAAGAGAAAAAAUAUUUUCUUUAUUAUGAAAUUUUGUCACUUUUUAUGUGAAGUUUUCAAAAUAAUCUACAAGGAUGAAUUGAAGACACAAUUGAAAUUUCAAGACAGAUUCGAGUACGAUGGGAAGAUAACCGUCGACGACAUUGAGAAUAGUCUCUGUGAAGGGAAGAUCUCCACUGCCGCCUUCUGCACUGUGUUUUCUAUCAAGACGGAUGACAAGUUUGUCAAUAUGCAACACAAAAAUAUCUCCACUCUCUUCUCCGUUAUCUUCAAUUUGUAUGCCUAUUUGAAGAAGAAGCUCAGGGUGUACUGCCGGAACAAUAGGAGCCUCCUCACUCACGACGACCGAAACGCCCCUCCGAACAGCAGCCACUACAAUAAUGGCAGCGUCUACAAUAAUAAUAGCAGCGUAUACAAUAAUAAUAGCAGCGUCUAUAACAAUAAUGGAAGCAUGUACAAUGAGAAUGGCGGCCCCAUCGGAGCCGGCGGCGUUAGUGGAACCAUCGACCCGGUUGCUGGGACUAUGGACCCGCUUAACACCGCCAACUCCGACGCUGGCAUGUUUGUCAACGUGUUUUCUCAAGGCGGAGGGCCUCUUGCACGCGGCGGCAGCCCCGUCAAUCACGCAUCUGUGAACAGCGACCCCGCCGCGAGGUACUCACCCGAUGUGCUCCGCAUGAGUGGUGCGGCGCGUGCGGAGGAAACCAUUCGAAUGAACCGAGGCGCUUUCAUGGAGGACACCAUACGGAUGGGUAGCACAGCGGAUAGAACCCUCCGCAUGAAUGCAGAGGUAAGUGUAGAGGCUGACGCGGCAAUGGGCGCAGCGGUGGAUGCGGCGAUGGAUGAGGCAGUUCGGAUGGAGGCACUUGGAAGCAACGUAGCGGUGAAUCUUCAGCGGGGCGCAUCCUACGGGCAGUACGCCAGCAGGAGCUACGCCUAUGGGGGGGUCCCACCAUCUGUUGGGAAUGAGCACAUGGGACAUCUGGGUGUGGAGAAUCUCGGCGUGGAGAACCUUACCGUGGAGAACCUUACCGUGGAGAACCUUACCGUAGAGAACCUUGGCGUGGAACCCCUUAGCAUGGAGCAGCUUCAAAUGAAUCCGCAUAUCGUGGAACCUCUCGGGAUGGGAAGCGGCACCGCGGUUAGAGGAGGAGAAGAAGGAGGAGGAAGCUUCGGGCCGGCCCAGCACUUAACAGGUGCUAAUGAGCAGCUACGCGCAGGCAGCGACUACCUAGUGCAGAAUUACGGACGGGGCGACGGAAGUUUUCCUUUCCCAGGGGGGACAAACGUUGACGAGGAGUUCCUGCAAGUGGAUGGCGGAACAUUGGGGGCCUAUCCGAACGGGAAGUAUAUUUAUCGUGAAAAUUUGAACAAAGGGAGCAGCGAGGUGGUGACUCAAGGAAUGAACACAGAGGGACACGGUUUGGAAAGCGGUGUCAUUGGCGGGGCCUAUCCAAGUGUGUACUACGGUAGCGUUGGGUAUGAAAAUGAGCAGAUUCAGAUGGAUGAGACGAUGCCGAUGCAUGGAGAUGCGUUGGGAGUGUGUGGAACUCAGCAGAGGGGAGGACCCCUGGGAGGGGGCAAUCCAGGAGUAGGCCUUCUACGAAGCGACAUGCAAGGGGAGCAGCCCCCCCGCCAGCAGAUGAACGAUGUGAGGAACGGGACGUUUAACAGGGAUGAGCUAGCCAGUGUGAUGGGUGCGGUGGACAUGGCGACGGGCCCUGUAGGAGGGGGAGCAGCAGUCGGAGCAGCAGUCGGAGCAGCAGUCGGAGCAGCAAGGGCAGCAUCAUCAUCCGCUGCUGCAUCCGCGGCAGUGGGGUCUCUGACGGGGGACAUUCGCUUCAACGUGCAGAAUGACAACAACGCUUUGGCGAAGACCGACGACAGUACGCUAGCCUUGUCAAAUCGAAUAGAGCACUCCUUCCUGUACAGAGGCAACCUUAAGAGCAACGGUACCUCCAACGAAGGGUCCAAGAGGAAUAAGAAGAUACUCCUACUGAAGGUGUGCCUACGGAACAUCAUUUCGAUAAAUAAAUUGCUCUAUUUCGUGACGAGAAGCGACUUCCUCUUUAUAGAUAGCCUUUACACCAUCUUUAAGGAGUAUAUCUCGAAGAGGAAGGAGUACAAUCCGGACAAAGUGGAGGACUCGGAUGAUGACACGGCUUCGUCCACACAUGAACAGAGGAACCGCUUUUUGAAGAAUGUCAUGAGGGUGGCGCGCAUGGGGAACGGUCAGCCGCUCGAGGGGGAUGACUACGACGAAGGGGAGGACGAUAGAGGGGACGACCGCGAAGGGGAAGACGACGAGGAGGACGACGAAGAUGACGACGACGAUGAUAGUUGCGACGGAAACUACAACGACAGCGAAAACGACUACAACGAGUACAACUGCGAGGGGAACGACCACGAUAGUGAUUAUGAUGACAGCGACAGCGACCACGAUGAGCAGAAGAUUAUACAAGAGCACGUGGACCAUUUCGUUGACGAUAACGGAGGGAUCAUGGGACCGGCAAACCUCAACAUGACCCACAUGAGCAACAUAAGCAGCGGGAAAAAAAAAAGGAAGAAGAAAAGAAUAAGAGAAUACUUUAGGACGGAAAAGAAAUUGUUAAAAAAAUUUAAUUUUAUUGGAAAAUCUAGUAAGAGCUCGAUGAAAAAAAGUAUGAUUGUUAUGAACAAGUCAGGUGAAUUUAUUGAAAAAAAAAAAUUAUCAUUUUCUCUAACUCUGCUAACCGAAUUUCAUGACGAUAUAUUGGUAAAAAUUUUGGACGAUUUAUUAAAUUAUUAUGAGAAAUAUAAGACCAAAAUAAACAUAAAUGAGUUUAUGAAUUUUGUGUUUCACAUAUAUUUGAACAUUUGCACACUUACCAAGAGGGUUAUAAACUGCUUUAUCGAUUUUAUAUUUUCACUGAUAAAGAAAAUUACGCAGACGUCUCAAAAUAUUAUGAGCAGCCUUUGGUUUCUGUACAUCCUCUUUGUCAUCGAGAAUAACCAUCUCUAUGUGUUUAAUGACAAGUUGCAGAAGAAGAUUAUCCUGGAGCAGAUAAGUAUAUUGAUCCAGAUUUCUCUCUACAGUUACUACUCCAAGAAUGUGAAGAAUAAUUACAAUGUGCAGACUCCUCUUCCCAGUUUUGUCCUUCCCUUUCAUAUUCAUUACAUCGUUCAGGAUUAUUUCCUAAGUAAUAAUUUUUUCAAAAAGAGGAAGAAAAACGCGAAAUGUUAUUAUAUGAAGAAUUUGAAGCUUAUAGAGAAAAAUUUUAACAUCAAUGAUUACUCAGAGAUAGCUGCGAUCAACGCGUUGUCUUUCCUCCUUCUAUGCUUCUAUCACCUCGUGGUGAAUAGCGGCACUUCGGGGGAUGGCACAGCAAAUGGUACUGAUGCGAAUCAUGGAGCGGCUCAUGGCACUGGGCACGCCGCUACGCACACCACAUCACACAGUAACAACAACCAUACGAGUGGUAACAGUCAGGGUGGAAGUGGAAACGGGGCAAACCAAGUCAAGAGCUAUAUCUGCGAAUCGUCCGUCAACCUGUUUUACGAAAAUUUCAACAAAUACCUUUCGCUUAUCUAUAACAACAGCUUACAGAAUGUUUUCUUCCGAUACUCUUUUUUACUAAUCAUGAAUUUGCUUAUCGAUUACAAUUACAACUGCAAGUAUUAUAUAAAAAAAAUUACCUUCGAUUUGUAUUCCUAUAUCACCAACGUGGACAUACGGUGCUUCAAGGCCUUGGCGAGUAUUUUCAAAAAACUCAACGAGUCCAACAUUGAUGAGUUAUUGCUAGUCCCUACGAGCAGCAUUUUCUCCCUCAAGUUUAACAUAAUAAAUUCAAGGAUUAACUAUAUUAACAAACUAUCGCUAAUAAUCUUGGCAGGGAAUCGAAACUUCUACCUUUGCCACCUGCCCAAAAUUGCAGAGAACAUUUCCGAGUAUCUCAAAUUCUGCACCGACUUGAAGCUGUAUAGAGAAAUAUUAAUUCUGAUCUGCACCAUCAUCAUUAAGAAUGACGAAAAUGAGAUUUAUAUUAUCAUCCCGACGUUCAUCUCCCUGAUUCUUCAGAUUUACCAUGUCGAGCGGAUGAAAUACAAAAUUGCUGUAGAGGACAUAAAGAAUGUGGACAAGGAUGACGACAAUUAUAUUUAUGACUUCAGCUCGUAUAACAAUGCAGAUGUGUUAUCUCUUCUCAAGACGCUUCUCAUUAUUAUCAACAUCUUGGUCAAACGGAAUGUCAGCUUUAUUAAUUUUUACUCCUGGAUUUUCUUCAAGGACAUUUCCAUAAAGAGGAACUCCUUUUCGGCGCACAGGGACAUGGGAAACUACGCCACGGGGGGCAGCAUCGACCUUAACCAGAUUGGGGGGGGUAGCGGGGUGAGCCGCAUGAGCGGCAUGAGCGACAUGAGCGGCCUUAGCCCCGUUAGCCGCCUUACCGGAGGGGCCCCUCUGCGAAGUGGCCUCCCCGGUGCGCCCGCCUUAUCCCGCGACAAAGACAGCAGCAUCCACGUGCUCGCCAACGAUGAAAGGCUCGGCGUCCGCCUCCACGGCGUUGGGGGAGGAAACGCGCAAGUAGAGUCCUCCACCCUUCGCAGCAAGGUAGAAGAAGACCUCGAAGCCAAUGUGGAGCUGAUCCAAGGAGUUUCUCACGAACCGGACGGAAGAACAUCCAAAAAGGAUAUGUUAGAGAAUGGAGACGAGGAUUAUUUCUCAUCCUGUGCCAACCGAAAGGAACAGAACGGCAGUGGGGACAAGGACGAUAUAAUCACCAUCCUGUUGAAUGCCAAUCAGGAGGAGGACCUCUUUAGCAAAGGAAGCAGCAUGUCGCCAUCUCACCUAAUAAAGAACACCGCACUGCAGAAUAAGGCAAGAACGGAGGAGGGGAAGUUUGUUGCCUUCCUCGACAUUAUUGAGAAGCUGUACGCUCCCGCUGCUCCGCAGAAGAGACACAAAUUGGGUGCCGACGGAGGGGAGGGCGCCAAUAGUGCCACCGAGCCCAUUGCAUCUGCGAUUACAGCUACGGGAGAGGGAAGCCCGAGAAGUACAAACCUCCCCCCUGUCCAAGGCAGCGGCAGAAAUGAUAAGGCGAACGACCCAGGGGUAAGAUUCCUCAACGAGCUGGAAAAGGAAAAUGCAGAGGGAGAUCAACACACCCUUGGAGGAGCAAACCAUCCUGAUCGCCGAAACCGCCGACAUCAUCACAGCGGCUACGCCAACAAUAUAAAGAAAAACUUCUACUACUGUGACAACUACCUAAGUGACUACAUACUCAGCGGGAAGAAUCAGCUCUCAGGAUACUCCUCAUGUGAAAAUAACUUAAGUAGCUCCUCUGUGAACUCCGUAAGGAGUAAUUUCUCCGACAAUUUCGUGAAAGAUUUGAAUGCAAUUCUGUCCAAUUCUUCCGAUGACCCUGAUGUUAGCAAUAGCAGCUCCAACGAUGUCAGCCAUCUUUCUCACAUGAUGCCAAAUGUAGAGAAUGAUGAUGAGUUGUCCUCCGAUGAUAUCUACAGCAUGGCAAAUGACAAGUGGAACCAUGUGCAUUGUUUGCUUCAUUACGAUAUGAACGAGAUGGGAAAGAAGAAGAAGAAGAAAAAAAAAAAAGUUUCCAUCCACUCGUGCAAGAAUAUCCCCCUCAUUUUGGUAUACCUGUCCAAAAAAAUUAAAUUAAAUUUUUACAAAUAUUCUAUGAAGAAACCCAAAGAUGAGACCCUCAUUCUGCUCAAGGAGUUGAACUCCGUGGAGAACGAGAUCAACGAUUUGUUUUUGGAAGUGGACCUGAACCAGGUGUACGCGGACUUUCUCAUGAGGUAG